GGCAAGCAAAAUGCGAUUUAAAAUCCCUAUAAAUGACCGAUUAUAGUUCGAUUCAGUCUUCACAACACAAUUACUAGCUACAAAAAAACCACGUACGAGGAAAAAAAAAAGUUCUUUGUGAGAUUAAUCAAAGAGUAACAAUGGCAGACGAGGUGAUUCUUCUGAGCGUCUGGGCGAGUAUGUUUGGGAUGAGAACGAGGAUCGCUCUGGAGGAGAAAAAGGUCAAGUACGAUUACAGAGAAGAAGAUUUAUGGAACAAGAGCUCUUUUCUCCUCGAGAUGAACCCGGUUCAUAAGAAAAUACCGGUUCUCAUCCAUAAUGGUAAACCCGUUUGUGAAUCUCUAAUCCAGGUCGAGUACAUCGACGAAACUUGGCCCGGUGAAAACCCACUUCUUCCAUCUGAUCCUUACCAAAGAGCUCAUGCCAAGUUUUGGGCAGAUUUCAUCGACAAAAAGGUGAAUGUUACUGCAAGGAGGAUUUGGGCUAUAAAAGGUGAGGAGAAAGAAGCAUCCAAAGAGUUAAUCGAGAUAUUCAAGACGCUUGAAUCCGAGCUUGGAGACAAGCAUUACUUUGGAGGCGAGACGUUUGGGUAUGUGGAUAUAGCUCUCAUCGGGUUCUACAGCUGGUUUGGAGUCUACAACAAGUUUGGGAAUAUGAGUCUCGAAUCAGAGUGUCCAGAGUUGACUAGGUGGGCCAAAAGAUGUUUGCAGAGAGAGAGCGUUUCUAAAGUUCUGCCUGAGUCGGAGAAAGUCACUAAGUUCAUUUUCCAACGUCUUGGCCUCGAGUAGAUCAUCUUAUGAUGUUCUGUUGUACUAUGUCUGCUCUUGUUGCCUGUUUCUCUAUCUUUUUAAGGUUUAUUUCUGCUUAAUAAUGUUAUUACGUGAGGUUGUUAAGUGCAUGUAAGUGUUGAUCCGAUGCACUCAUGCACAAUUGCUUUUUCUUAAUUUCUUGUAUCUUCUCUGUAUUUGGAAAUAAAAUUCCAGUUUGUUGAAAAGUCU